GCCUAAAACACAAAACAAACCCAAAUCAAAUUCAAUUCAUAUUCUAACAGUAUCCCUCGUCAUGGAUGAAACCCUACUACCGACAUGGGAAACCUCUUUCACCUGGUGGUCUGUUGUGGUUCAUGUGCCUCCUGGCAAGUCCAAACUGGCGCUGAUGGUUUUUGGUAGGAUUGAUGACGAAGAUGGACAAGUGAAGAGUAAGGGCAAGGAUGUUGCAAUGGUUUGGAGGGAUGGUGAUGAAAAAUGGACGGUACAUACAAGCCCAAGCGAGCUAGUAGGAGUAGAUGCAUUGCGGUGUGAACUCCAACUCGUUGUCCACCCAGGUAAGAUUUAUGGCUACAAGGGUUAUGCUGAGCUGGAUCUCGCUGUGGUUGAAUUAGUAAUGGCGGGGGAAUUUGUAGUGGAGAACAUAGGGGUUAAGCAUCCGCAAUUUUGCAGUCCUGGAUGUGUUGGCUUUGAUGGAGAAUUGGUGGAAUCAUGCGGGGAAUUGUUGUAUAUCGUUCGCUACAUGUAUUCAGCCUCUUGAUUUAAAUUUGCGGUAUGAUUCUUGCACUCCUUUUAAUGAAAAAGAUGCGAACUU